AUGGCAGCUUCCUCUUGCAUGCACUGUGACAAGAUUUCCGUGAACGACGAAAGGAAGGACUUGAAGGUCAGUGGGCGGCGCUUGGCGGUCGAGUAUAAAAGGCAGGGCGUCCCUCCGUCUGCAUCAUCUUCCUUCUACCAAGACAAAUUCAACAUGGGGGUUCUUGUCCUAUUAGCAGUGGUUGCCGGCAUCGCUGCCGCAGACCUUCCUUCCACCAGCUACGGCGUCCCCAACGGAGCCUCGGGUAACGGAUUCGGAGCUUCGGGUAACGGAUUCGGCUCGGGUAACGGAUUCGGAGCCUCGGGUAACGGAUUCGGAGGAUCAAGCAACGGCUAUGACUACGGACAGGACGACGAAGUACCGGCUCUGUCCGAGAGCAUUCCCGGGGGCGGCGUCCCCGGCGAGGACUACCCCAUCUUGGCUUCCGUGCCCGACACCGGCUUCUCGUGCGAUGCCCAGGCGGUGCAAGGUUAUUACGCCGACACUGCGCCUGAAGCCGGCUGCCAGGUGUUCCAUAUCUGCCAGGACCGCGCCCUCAGGCGCCAACAGGACUCGUUCCUGUGCCCCAACGGUACCAUCUUCAACCAGCAGUACCUGGUAUGUGACUGGUGGUUCAACGUGGACUGUUCUCAAGCUGAGAGCUUCUACUCCGUCAACGAACUCAUCGGAGUCGUUCCCGACGCCGGAUACGCCUAUGGCACUGCCGUUAAUGGCAACGGCAACGGUUUUAACGGCAGAAGGAAUGGAAACGGAGCUAAUGGCAACGGAGUCAACGGUAGGGGAAGCAAUGGUAAUGGAAGCAACGGUUAUAGCUCUAACGGCAACGGUAACGGUAGUGGUUCCAACGGUAACGGCGUUAAUGGCAACGGAAGCAACGGCGUCAGCAACGGCAAUGGAAACGGAUCUCCCGUUGCUCCUUCCACCUCCUACGGCGCCCCCUUCUGAUCUGUCCGGCACUCAGUCCUCCCUUUCUAAUUAUCCUCAAAUAGGCAAAUAUUUAUGUACAAUUUACAAUAAAUAUGUAAAAGUAA